ACAUUUGAGCGGGUAAGACAACCACCGUUCGCAAGCGCGGUGUUUAAGUGAGGGCUGUUGAUGGGUGUUAUUAAAUGCGUUUUGAGUUUUCCGUUAUCCGUUCGAGUCAGAACGCUUGCCUUUCAGUUGUCUUCGCAGAUAGAACAAGCAUGCUGCCAACCGAAUUCAUCAUUAACAAGAUUUGUAUUAUCUACUCACAGGGCAGUAAUAGCUAAUUUGCUUUUGUGUCGUCAUUCAGGAACACUGAUUAUCCGUCGUUUACGUGACAAAUACUGGAGUAUAAGAACAGAUUCUCGUUCAUUUGUUACUCAAAAAGUUUUACUUGGUGCAUCGUUAAUUUCUUUUGCUCAGGAUAAAAUCACAGAUGAAGAAGUGUUAAUUACUCUCGAGAGCUUUUCUACGAAAAAUGGUGAUUCAAGUGAUCCCAACAACAGCAGAUCAUUUAGUGUCGUUGAAACUGAUACCAAGGAAGAACCUUUACCUUCACCGAGUAUUGAACACUCUGUUAACAAUCAAUCCUGUGAAUCAUGGGACCCUCCAUUAACUUUAAUGAUACGGCAGCUACGUCACAAUUAUUUGAAACAAAUGCCAGUGUUUUCCUCUCCUAAUUUAGAUUUAGUUCCAUCUACUGAUUCUGAUUUACCUCUCUGUAAUUCCGACCAUCAUCAUCAUCAUCAUUUAAAUGAAGUUUCAAAUGUGGAUCAUUUUACUACCUCUCUUUUAUCAUUUUUUGCAAACUUGAACAUUCAACCAGAUGGUACAGGUUUUGUUGAUGACUCAUGGGAUCUUGUUUUUGACCGACCAAGUAUACGUGUUUGGCGACGGCCAGUUAAAGUGUCUAUGUACAAUAAUGAAGGCAACUGCUCAAAGCCAAGCAAUAAAUACGAGUAUAGGGUUUGUGGACAAUUUCAUGAUAUAUCAGCAUCAUCAUUUUUAGAAGUACAACUUAAUUUAGACUAUCGACGGAAUUGGGAUGACAAAAUUGUAAAGUUAGAUUAUAUUACACCGAGUGAUGUACAUAACGGUGAUUUUUCUAUAAUUCGUUGGGUUGUACGUUUUCCUUUCCCUUUGGUCAAUCGUGAAUAUAUUUACAUGCGCCGUUGGUGGAUGCAACCCGAUGAAUUUCAUCUAAACACCGAAAAAUCGCUAUCUUUGUUACAUCAACAUGAAGACAAGUCUGCAGCAUCCGUUGUUUUGUGUCGAAAUGAUGCAACUGAGAAACAUAAAUCACUGAGUCGCUAUGCUUAUGUCAUUUCACGAUGUUCACCAGAUUAUCAAGAAAAGUACAGUCAAUCUUCAGAUGGUUUUCCAGUGGAGUCUUCAAAGAAGUCAGGUUCGUGGACAAGCAUGACGAAACGUGAUCUUGUACAGGUUCAUGAAUACCAUUCUGAGAUGUUAAUACAGUCACAUGGAAAAUUCAAUGAGACUGGACUGAACUACUAUCUGAUCUAUUACGAUGAUCCAUGCCUUCCAGUCAAUGGUUCACCGAUGAAGUUGUUCUCAAUUAAAGCUAUGGAAGAGUUUAUGUCACAACUUCACAAAGCUGCAUUAAGAUUGCACGCCGAAGGUUUACCACCGGGUAUUCAUCCUAUAGUAUACGAUGAGAAUAAAGUAGAAGAUAAGCGAAAAAGUAAAGUGCUUUCUGAGUUGGAAGCAAAACCGCCUCCAACGAACAAGCAACCGGAUGAUAAUAAUAACAAGAAGAAGAAACAGGCGAAAUCAUAUUUCUUCACUGAUCCUCCUCCAUCUGAAGCAAGUUACUUUGAUUCAUCUACAGGUGCCUUGUAUUAGUCGUUACAACACCGGUAAUGAUGAUCACAUGAGAUUGUUACUUACUUUUCCAUCCAUCUUGUGUUUAACUGUAAAAAUAAAUAAGUGGGUCGCAUUUACACGAUGUUGUGGUCGGUGAUGUUGCCUCUGCUGCUGGGGAAGAAAAAGAGAGGUUUGUGAGGUGUUCCUGAAAAACUUAAAAAUACCGGUCCCAUUUUUUCCCUUGAAAUUCUUCUAAACAAUUCGCUUCACAUUGUUUUGAAACGAAAAAUAGAAUUAAUUAUUUUGUUUGUUUGCUUUUAUUAAGUAGUAUGGUGUAUUUCUUUAAACUUAUUGCCUAUUUCUUACUGGAUUUUUUUUGCACCUGCAUAGACAGAUAAAAAUGCAUAUGCGCCCAUACUUACACACAAAUAGAUGCACACGUUUAUACAUAUACAUAGAUAGACAGGCAGACAGACGCCCAGACAUGCACGUAGACAAACAGGCAGGAGGGAAAACAUACAUGCCUUAGACUUACACAUGACAGACAGAAAUGAUUACAUUUUGGCUUUAUUUUCUAGUGUUUCAAACUGUAUACGAAUAUAGAUACAACAUAGUGUACAAUAUGAAUAGAAGUUUACCUAACUAAAUUACACUUUCAAUGGUUUCUUGUCUCAACUUUGAAUAGUGGAGUAGUGUAGUUUGUAGGAAAUAAUCGGUGUGAUUGUUGUGUUUACUCAGUUGAUACUUUUAGGUCAUUGUUUGAGUAUUAGAGAAGUGAUUCAAAUAAUUUCUGGUCAUACAGUCACGUAAAUUGUAUUAAACCCUAUCCAACAGCAUUACUCACUGGGAUGUAGGUACGUCCAGCUGACGCGUCUUAAAUAGAACAUCCUUCGUUCCAAGUGGACUACAACAGACAAUUUGUUCAACCUAAUAAGUGACUGUUUUCAUUCAGAUUUCGAGAUGUAUAGAUGAGUAAAUUACAGGACAUUUUUGUCACAGAACGCCAGUGUUUUAUUGACCAUUGAAGCUGAUUUUCAACUUUUUGUGGUUACGCGUCUUCGAACUUGGUCAUUUAUCUCUCUAUUUUCGAUGUAUCAUAUUAUGCUUCUAUAAUCUGUAUCUUCCACCCAUCUAACGCCUAAAAUGUCUUCAUCAUCAUGAGAGAAUUCUACCUCCCCCCCUAACACAUUUUCUUACUUUACUUAUAUUAUGAUAGACGGAGAUCAUGCCAGUCAAACGAUCGUCUACGAUUAGUUAUAUUUCCUGGAACUCUAGCAUACAAUCUGUCAAAAAACUGAAGCACCUUGUUGCUUUAUUCUCACACCGUUUUUGAAGAAGACUAUGUUUAUCUUGAUAAUGACAAGUUAUUGGUUAGUGCACUUUAAACUGAACCAGAGCUGAUUAAAGACACACCCAUGUUUUCG